AAUCGCUUAGUCGAGUCAACAUGGCAUUCAAGUUUGUUUCUUUCGCCGCCCUUUUGGCUGUUGCCAAUGCUGGAGUUUUGGCCCCAGUUGCCGCCCCCGUAGCCUACAGCGCCCAUGCUGUAGCUGCCCCAGUAGCCCACGCUGCCUAUGCUGCUCCAGUUGCCCACGCCUAUGCUGCUCCCAUUGCUAAAGUCGCCGCUCCAGUCGCCUAUGCCGCCCCUGUAGCCUACGCCGCCCCAGUUGCCAAAGUAGCCGCCCCAGUUCUAGCCAAGACCGUUGUCGCUGAAGAAUUCGACCCUCAUCCACAAUACCAAUACGGUUACGGUGUUGAAGACCAUCUGACUGGUGACAGCAAAUCCCAACACGAAGUUCGUGAUGGUGAUGUUGUCCAAGGCUCCUACUCCGUUGUUGACCCAGACGGCACCAAGCGUACUGUUGACUACACCGCUGAUGAUGUCCAUGGUUUCAACGCUGUUGUCCGCAAAGAGGCUUUGGUUGCUAAAGUAGCUGCUGCUCCAGUUGUUGCCAAAGUUGCCGCCCCUGUUGCCUAUGCUGCUGCGCCAGUCGUCGCUAAGACCUAUGCUGCUGCCCCAGUAGCCCACUACGCUGCUGCUCCAGUCGCACACUACGCAGCUGCCCCAGUUGCUCAUGCCGUGCAUGCCGCCCCAGUUGCCGCCCCUCUUGGUGCUGCCUACUACCAUCACUAAAUGUGUCAUAUGACUCUUUGUAUAUAUAACUUAAUGUGUAACUAUUUUAUUUUUUAAUUUACCAAUUUAUUAAAGCAAAUUGAAAAUUAA